GUGAUAUCGAUACUUUAUAGAGCGCAACGUAUCGUCUCAGAUUUGCGCUUGCUUGAUUCGCUGAAUCCUUCGCGUCACGAGCGCGUAACAAAAUGAAUACAUUAAUGAAUUUGCCAAGUUGACCUUUGUCAUUGCGCUGGUGUGCGUAUUGUCUAAUACACGUACAAAACCACAGUUGACGAGGGAGCAUCGUACGAAAUUAAUAUUAAUGAGGGCUUAUUUUAGCUUCUAAUGGAUUAAACAAAAUGGCGGUAGCUUCGGGGGCUUGGUCUAGUAAUAUAUUAUAAGGUCUUUGGGCCAGGCCCACUAGCAAGUUAUCAGCGCAUAGCGCAUGCUAUGCAGCAUAUGCGUGCGUGAUGGUGCGAUUGCGAAUAUUGCCAUUCUUGGGAUGCUAUCGAAAUCCACGAAUCUUAGUUGAGCUAAGUCUUAAAUUUUACCUCUUUCCAUGAACUCUUGAAAAGCUUGUCGUCCUCAAAAUACGUGACAUGUUGUUUGAAUUUCUUGAGAAAUAUAUUGUGGGUGAAGAAGCAGCCACAAACGAAAAAUCUCUCUGGGCCUGGGAAGACCGUUGACUUUGUCACCGACAUGGUACGGUACGGAUCAUACAGAUGUUUGUUUUUCCGGUCAGGUUUCGGUGGUAAUGCGUUACGAGUGCAUUGUGACCGAAAAUAACCUUAAUACUUUUCUAGCUAUGUGCGUACGUUAAAUCGGGGCGCCGUUUUUCGUUUGAUAAAGCUAGCUGAUCAGGGAUUGAAAGCCAAUAUCAGGUAGGCCUUAAUAACAGUACAGAUUAUUAGAACAAGGACUAAAUUGAAGGACAAAUGGAAGCAUCCAAUUUAAGUGAACUGGUUAAUCAGGAACUACUGCAACAUGCAAAAUCAAUAUAUGAGGAGCAAGGAUCAUUGACGGAUGAUAUCCUCUCUGCACUUCAUUUUAUGUUUGGACCUCCUCUUCUACAAGCCCUGGAUUUAGUUGACCAUCAGAGUGUUACACUGAUUAAAAGUGAACCCGCAGGCAGAAUAGUGUAUCAGGUUGUAGGUAGCUCUGGAAGUCCAUACCUUUGCCUACCGAGUGCUGGAUAUUGCCCUUGUCUCUUCUUCUCAUUUGCAGUAAUCAAGAGGAAAGAGGUUCCCAUGUGUAAGCACAUGCUUGCUAUACUGCUUGCCUCUGCUAUGGGUCUGGUGAAAGAGACUUCUGAAUCUGAUCAUCAUGUGACCAACCUCCUCCUUGAAGCUGCAAAGACAGAUGUGGAGCCAUCUUGAAGAAGGUAAUAGUCAUUUAUUGGUGCUGGUAAGACUGAUGUGGACGUAUUUUGAAUGAAGGAUGUCCUGGACUUAGCCGCUAAGAAUGAUAUAGAAUCGUCUUGAAGCACUAAGCCGCUAAGAAUGAUAAAGAAUCGUCUUGAAGCAAGUCUUAGGCUCUUUUUCUUGGCAGCGAGGAUUGGUGUAGAGCCCUUCUGAAUGAGGGCCAGGACUUAUGUCCUCUUAGGGAAUAGUCCUACUACCAUUGCUUUGAUUGAAAUAAUGUAUGCAGGAAUAAACUGAACUAAUUAAUAGAAAAGAAGAUGUGGUAGCGUACCCCAAAAUUGAGCUGGGGGACAUUGUGGUAACGGUAAAUAGCAUAGCAGUAUAGUGUGAUUUGCUUAGACUUCUACAGUACAUGUAGCUUUACUGACUUUUUCCGUCAGAAGUAAGCCACAUCUCUUACUCUUGAGAUAAUGUUAAAAGCACUCCCAGAAUUACCAGUACACAAUAUCUAAACACAGUGAAACACUGUACAAAUUGCAUUUGAUAAAUUAGGAAGGAACUGCAGUAAAACAUUUUUGUAAUUUGAUACAUUCCUGAUCCUAGGUCUUCAUAAUCUUUAUUAUAUUUCAAUCCAGGGGUACUUCAUAAAUGUGUGUGUAUUGAUGUUAUGUACCACAUGAAUUUGGUAAGAAAAAUUCUUGUUGACAGCUAUUAUCAGUCACAUCAGUGAAAGCAGAAAGAUGCCUUCCAGAACUUCACACUACAUUGUAGUUUGAAUAAUCAUCAAAUGCAUAAUAUGUUCUCAGCCAUCUUUCUGUCCCAUUUAUUUGUACAGUUAUGCAUAACUUAACACAUUUAUAAAACUCUCAUGCCUACAUGCUCGUCUUAUGAAAAAUUACACUUCAUUUGGAUCAAAUUUGAGAUUUGAUUUCUAUCUACUGAAUUAAAAAAAAGAUAAUCAGAAGUCUUCAAGAAACUAGCCCCAGGUGCAAUAAGAUUUCUGCUGUGAAAGUUCAUUUGGAUAUUUCCAAGAAAAUUGAUAUAAUCUUGAGCGAUGGGUUUGUAUUCUGAAGUCGAGUUUAAUUUAAACUCUGGUCUAAAGCCAGUUGUGAAAUAAAUCUCUCAUGGUACAUGCUCAAUUUAUCUGCUCAUUUGACAUUCAAAUAAUUAUUAACUACCUGUAAAUAGUAACUUAAAACAGUUUACUUCAUCAUUCUUAUUAAAAAGUACAUUAAACAUUAGAACAAUGUAAUCAAAUUUGUGACAUUUUUUAUUUUUCAGCUUCCUAUAAUUUUAGCCCAGAGUUAGACCAUGGUUUUAAAUGAAAUGGACUGCAGAAUAUAGGCCUUUGACUUUAAAAAAAGUUUGCAAAGUCUACCUGUUAUGUUGACCAAAUAUUUUUAGUUUGAAAGCACUCACGCAGAUGACUGAAUCCAGCAUGUUUGUUUUGUUUGCAUGUGCUCAUCCAGUUUCAAAGUGUUUCAACUUUCAAGUUAAUUAAAGUUACAUGUAUAUCACA